CCCCAACUUUUUCUUUUUUCAAACUUAAAAAAAAAAGCUUUUGCAAAAGGAGACGUAGGCCCGCAGCCAGACUGAGCUCAGUUUGUUGGAAGCCCAGCAUCCCUGAAGACCUUCUCCUCAUUUUAAAGGAUUUACUUUUAUUCUGUAACCACGGCUUCGAAGGUGGACACCGUGUUUUCCUCUCUGUCUCUUCAUUUCUUCAAGAAAGAGAUGGAAGAGGGCUCCAGCUCCCCGCUCUCCCCAGUGGAUAGUCUAGUGACGAGCGAGGAGGAGCCGGAGCGGCAGCAGAAGCGCUUCUCCAGGAAGAGGAGGCACAGCAAGAAGUCCGGGGAGGAUAGCAGCGGCAGCGGGAGCAGCCCCGGACCCGCUCCGGUGAAGCGGGGUAAGAAGCCCAGCCCGAGCAGCAGCCAGUCCUACGAGGAGCUGCAGAACCAGCGGGUCCUGGCCAACGUCCGGGAGCGCCAGAGGACUCAGUCUCUGAACGAGGCCUUCGCUUCUCUGCGCAAAAUCAUCCCGACGCUGCCGUCGGACAAACUGAGCAAGAUCCAAACGUUAAAGUUGGCCUCUAGGUACAUAGACUUCCUGUGCCAGGUGCUGCAGAGCGACGAAAUGGACAGCAAGAUGUCCAGCUGCAGCUACGUUGCGCACGAAAGACUCAGUUACGCGUUCUCGGUGUGGAGGAUGGAGGGCGCAUGGUCCAUGUCAGCAUCCCACUAGCAGAGACCAACACUCACAAUGCCAAAGCGACUGUUUGCUUCCAAAUGAUGUAAAGAGAUUAUUGAAGAACUGAUUAACCUCAGAGGCCAAGGAUGGAGCACAUGCAUGAUGUCAACAAUAAGCGCAAACAACGUUUGUGUGUAUGUGGGCGGACGCAGAUUCAUCACGCCGCGGAGGAUUGAACUGUGCAAAGUGCAGAGCAGCCCAACACACAUCAGUCAGCUGUGCGCAUCUGCAGCCUGUACUCUCAACCAAAGCCAUCCAUUAAAAUCAACAAAAAAACAUGGAGAUUUAUUUUGUUUUCAAAGACUUUAAGCCAGAUUCUGAAUUUAUAUAUAAAUAUAUGAAAUCAUAUUGUACAUAAUUGUGUAACUAUAUCCUGUAAAGGGACCAAUGCAAUUCGGAGUCUUUUCGCUGCAUGGGGUUUAUUCCAACAACUUUCCUCUAAGUUCCGUCCAGUUUCCACUGUUGUUUUUGCUUAUUUAUUAAACGGGUACUUUUUUAAAAACAAAGCAAAAUAGGCUCUUCUUUGUUCCUAUAUGUUUUAUGUUUUUUUUUUUUUUUUUUUAAGUCAUAAAAAUUACAUCUAAUGAGUUUAAAUAAGAAAGUAGAACCGGUUCUCUUUAAAGGGAGUUUUCCCUUCUGUGUCUGGUGUGAGAAGUUGCCCUUUCCACUCCCCUCUGCGCUUGUUAUAGAGGAAAACUGUAAAAAAAA